CGUCUACCAAAGCAUUUUCCUACCUAUGCUUUUAAAAACGUGGGAUAGGGAAGAGCCUAGGAAGUGCAGCUUGCUUUCAGCAAGUUUUCCUUUUGUCCAUGAGCUUAAGCUUUCUUUUUUAAAUUUAAACUUUAUGCCUUAUUUUUGCUCGGUUUUUGAAUGCAAUCUUUAUGGAUUACACUUAGGAGUAUGCUGUGAGUAUCAUAGUCUAAUCCUGUUCUUCUAAGCCAACUGUUACUGUUGAAGUGCAACAACUUCAUAUUUGGUUAUUUCACUGAUUUUUAUGACUGAAGGUGGCUGUUGCAGACUGGGGAGGGCACAUGAGAUCAGGGACUGCACUCGAGUAACCAGUCACCUCCCGAUCCGGACACGCGAUCUGGCAGCAGUGCUGAUACCGUCUGUCACCUUACUCGGACAAAGCUGAGCAGGUUACAGCAGGGCUGGGACAGGGAGCUUGAGGAGGGGGUCAGCACGGCCUUGGGUGGAUAUUGUCCUGCCCACAGACCCCUGAAAUGAUGCCCAAGAGUCUUCACUGCAGUCACCCCACACCCCAAUGCUGCGUGUAGCGUCUAACGGCGCUGUGGCUGUCUGUGUAUAGGGGGGGAUUUAUUUUUGCUUCAACACACAUCUAAGGUUUUCAGCUGGACAGAGAUGUGGUUUUCUGUGUCAAGCUGCUGCAACUGUUGUGCUGUCUCUGUUCUGGCAUUCAAGACAUGGACUUCCAAGGAUCUUUGCAGCGUGUGGAGAGGAUUUUGUAAUGAGCCACAUGAGGCUUUGCUGAUCAGAAGAGCAUUGUUGUACGGAGCUGCUUACUGAUGUUAAUGGUCUCUGUCUCUCCAGCAUGUUGCCUGUUGACAGAUAUAUAUCUUCGUGCAGUACAUCUUGUUGCCUUUUGGGUAAUGUUCUGUCUGCAGCUAUUGAAUUAUGAACUGGAAAUCUGCAAAUGUUCUUUUAGACACUGAGGAAUUAGAACCACGAGAGACUCUUGGGCUCCUCCGUGCAGCAGGACCUGAGACACAGAUGGUUCUUUGAGUGGGUGAGAUGCUGUUAUAGUGGUUCUGCCUGAAAGGUCAUUUGCUGCCAGGACCCAGCCUGGCUUGUCCUGACUGGAAUUUUGGAGAUGUUGGUUUAUUUUGUGACCUGUAUUGGCUCUUUUGCUUUAUAGCAGGAACAACUGCCCAUGCUCAUACCCGCAGGUUUGUUCAGGCUCUGUAGCUGCUUUCUCAUCAGGGGCUGCAGAGGAAUCUCUGCUUUUCUAGAGGUGUCACCAUUCAGAUACACUGCUUAUCCCUGGAAUAAUCUUGGAGACUCUGGGGAAGUCUAGACCAGCAGAAGUGAUUUCCAUACAACUCUUGAUUCCAUCUUAAUGCCAGUCUGGAAUAUUUCUGAAAAUGCCUAAACCUGCUUUUCACCUUGAAGUUGUUUCUAUGGAUUCUGCUGGAGCUGUCGGACCUUGAAAGCUGUUAAACCCAUGAGGGCUGAUGGCUAGCGGGAACAGCCUGGUAGGGUCCAUCUCGAAUAGACGCGGAUGAUGCCAGAGCUAUGACAGCGAUUGCAGUCUUGGCACUGAGGGGUGAUCAAUUAUGGAACAACUACAGGAGGAAGUACCUGAGGUCAGGGAAGAGGAGGAGGAAGAGGAAGAGGCAGUGAUGGUGGCAGGCGGAGCCUCGGACACAAGUGGAGGACCAGACAGCUCGCUGCCUUCGAGCAGCUACACAGACCUUUCGCAGAGCUCCUCUCCCUCCCUGUCGGACCAACUGCAGGUGGGCUGCGAGGAGGCGGCUUCGGGAGCGCUCAACGUGGAGUGCAGAGUCUGCGGAGACAGAGCCUCGGGGUUUCACUACGGCGUCCACGCCUGCGAGGGCUGCAAGGGUUUCUUCCGCCGGACGAUCCGCAUGAAACUGGAGUAUGAGAAGUGCAAGAGGAGCUGCAAGAUUCAGAAGAAGAACAGGAACAAGUGCCAGUACUGCCGCUUCCAGAAAUGCCUCUCACUGGGAAUGUCGCAUAACGCAAUCCGCUUUGGCCGCAUGCCCGAGGCAGAGAAGAGGAAGCUGGUGGCGGGGCUGACAGCGAGUGAGAUCAGCUGCCAGAACCCGCAGGUGGCCGACCUCAAAGCGUUCUCCAAGCACAUCUACAACGCCUACCUGAAGAACUUCAACAUGACCAAAAAGAAGGCGAGAGGUAUCUUGACCGGGAAGGCCAGCAGCACCCCACAGCCUUUUGUGAUCCAUGAUAUGGACACCUUGUGGCAGGCAGAAAAGGGGCUGGUGUGGAAGCAGCUAGUGAACGGCAUCCCCCCCUACAAGGAGAUCGGGGUGCACGUCUUCUACCGCUGCCAGUGCACCACGGUGGAGACCGUGCGGGAGCUCACCGAGUUUGCCAAGAGCAUCCCCAGCUUCAUAGGCCUCUACUUGAACGACCAAGUGACUCUGCUGAAGUACGGGGUGCACGAGGCCAUCUUUGCCAUGCUGGCCUCUAUCAUGAACAAGGACGGGCUCUUGGUGGCCAAUGGGAAUGGCUUUGUGACUCGUGAGUUUCUGCGUAGCCUGCGCAAGCCCUUCAACGAGAUCAUGGAGCCCAAGUUUGAGUUCGCAGUGAAGUUCAAUGCACUGGAGCUGGAUGACAGUGACCUGUCUCUGUUUGUGGCUGCCAUCAUCCUGUGCGGAGACCGCCCUGGCCUGGUGAACGUGAAGCAAGUGGAGGAGAUCCAAGAUAACAUCCUGCGGGCGCUGGAGUUCCACCUGCAGUCCAACCACCCGGAUGCCCAGUACCUCUUCCCCAAGCUGCUGCAGAAGAUGGCAGACCUGCGGCAGCUGGUGACAGAGCACGCCCAGCUCGUGCAGAAGAUCAAGAAGACAGAGACUGAGACAUCUCUGCACCCUCUUCUGCAGGAGAUCUACAAGGACAUGUACUAAGGACCUGUUAUUUAUGCGAAUGAAGCCAUGAUUCCCAUCAAGACUCUUUGUACAGAAACAAAGAAAACCUUUUCCCCCACGUCUUCCAUUUCUUCUACUGGAAACUCUUUUCUACGUGACCCCGACGUACGGUACAUAGGGUGAGAUACCAUCAGCCACCUCCUGCUAGGCCAAGGGCUUCCGUUAACACACACUAACAAAUGUACAAAGGCAAAUCAUAAGCUACAGUUUCCGUUACUAUAGCCCAGCUCUCAGCUGCUCCUUGGAGCAACCACCCGGUUUACAUGGUGGGGUUCCUGCAGCAGCCCGGGGAUGGUGGGAGAUGUUGUGGUCAUUAGGAGAUCCGAGCGUGGUGCAGGUAUCUGCUGGGGCCAGCAACAGCACUUACAGUGUGUCUUGAUUUUUGUAUUGCACUCCGAAGAUGUGGUCCUGAGCCGUGAGGGACAGUGUAAUGAAAGGAUGUUUCUCCCUAUCCCAAAGAAAAGCCCAGAGUGUUUGAAGAUGGGUGGUGUGGUCCUAGCAGAGACCCUCAACUGCUGCCCCCCUCCCUCGGUGUGUGGUGUGUUCCUGUCUCCCAGAGGGAUUGUGUGAUCUCUGCCUUCCCUUGCGCCUGGUGCCGCCGUUUCAAAGGGAUCCUGCUCCUCAGCAACUCCGUGUGAGAGACGGAGGGAUGAGGAGGUGGGUUUGGCUCAUCAAAAUCCACCUUCAGAGCAGAGGAUGGAAUCUUUGCACUCCCCAGGCUGUCCUGCAGGAAUGUGAGUUACCAGAAAGGUCUGUGCAAGGCCUGGGGCUGGUCAGGGUGAGGUGCAGGGCUUUUGGCUUGUCCUGCAGCCCCUUCCCCAGCCUGGGGGGGCUCUGGGGGUUGUGCAGCAGAGCUCCCUGUCAAUACCUGAGCAAGCAAAUCCUUCAGCAACACCAGCAAGGGGAGAGCCACAGCCAGCCCGCAGUGCUCGUGAUGCUGAAAGGGCAUUGACCUGUUAACUGCCCUGCCUCAGUUUCCCCUCUGUGAAAGGGAGCUGGAUUGUCCCUGGUCUCUGCUUGGAGGGGGGAACACAAGGAUUAAGUGUUGUGUUAAUCCUCGUGCUUUGAGCUCCAUACCAGUAGAAAUGCCAAGGAUUUAUAAAAGGGGAGGGGAAGGAUGGGGUGCCCACGAUGAACAGGAGCUUCCUGUCACCCAGGCUGUGGGAGACACAGAGCCCUGGGAAGGGCUCAGUCCCCUCUUGGGGUGAUAGACCCAUCGGGGUGAUGGUGUCUGACCUAAGAAGUGGCACUUGCCCGUCUGCAGCUCGUGGUCCCGUAUGUCCUGAGCAGCCUUAUUGUGAUCCUGAUAUUCCCAAGGAGGGGUUGUGGGAGCAAAUCAUUUGGUUUUCCUUUAUUUUCCUCCUCUUCAGGGUAGCAGAUUUCCCUGGUGCAAUAAUUCCUUUAAAACCCCAAGGGAAGAGCUCUGGGUUUCUCCUCCUGUAUCCCAGGGCUGGCUGGCCCCAAACCUGCCCCUGCUGCUGCCCCCCAGCUCCUGCCGUGUCUCAGUUUCCCCUUCCCCUCCCUACCUCGCAGGGGGGUUGUGAAUGACCGUUUCUAAAGCACUUUGAAGCCCUCUGGGGGAAGGCACUGGAUGGAUCCCAGGGGAUUUGUCCUCGGCGUGGGUGACGUGGGAUUCACGUGCUCAGCACCUGGGGAACCUUUUGCUCUUCCCUCCUCGCCAGCGUAACAACCCUCAAACUGAAAUGUAUAUUUUUGCUAGAAGUACAAACCUCCAAGUGUUUUUAAUAAUAUAAAUAGUGUCCACAAACUGACUUGACUUUAAAUAAAUCUGAACUAAAUAUUUAAGAA